AUGUCAAGCUUUGUACCGCAUCCUCUUGAUGAUUCCUUUGGGCCCUUGGGUGGGGAACCAAGCCACCGACAACGCCCCCAGGACUCAGAAGAGACACAUCUCAAGUUUAGUGAGAUGUUACAAGUUGCUAGUAAUACUAUUCUGGCGACGCUUUAUUUCGUCAUUACUCUGUUGUUUCAUUUCAUGACAUGUGCCGUACCGGAUCCACUCGACAAUACCAUUUCAUCCUGGGGUGAAGAGCCAAGCAGCCCAGAACGCCCCCAGGACCCGGGAGAUACACGCCUCAAUGGAAUACAACGCGUCGCCAUUACUUCCAUUCGCGCAACUGGUCUUGCCCUUGGUCUCCGACGGAUACCAGCUGGCUUUCAUGUGACAGUACAAACCGACGACGCUGAAUGGCAGACAUCCAACAAACCUGUACAUGUAGACCAGGACGUUCUCGAAUGGAACGAGCAGAUACUCCUACCAUGCGAGCCAUCUUCUAGAGUUCGGGUCAGAGUUUAUGCUUCCUUUGAAUUGGAUCCUAUGCUCGGUCAUGGAGAACUCCUCCGCACAGUCGAGACCUGUGUCAGAGAAUUACUGGAUCGCAGUGGAAAUUCACAUUCCAUCAUCUUUCAGCCUAAGCAGGGGGAAGUCAUAUCCUCGUGCACUUCAUUAUUGAUGACCACGGCGCAGCCAUGUCACUAUGAAGAUGACUCCCUAGUCCACCCCAUUACUCCCCCCACACCCUGCGAUAUGGGCGCGUUUAUAUUAAAGACGGAUGGCGGACAUUACUUUCUCGCACGAUACCGCAGGACGCAGAACUGUAGGGAUCUCGACCGAUCCGUAAAGCACUUCGAAUGCGCCGUCGAUUUCUGCCCCGUUGAUCAUCCUUACCGCCCUGCAGCACUAUUCAAUCUAGCUACUGCGAAGCUUCUUAGUUGCCAAGCUAAUGGGACCUACAUCGCCCUCGACAUCCCUACUUCUCUCUUUGAAAAAGCCCUUGAUAUGCGCCCCACAGGUCAUCCGGACCGAGCUAUCACCCAGCUCCACCUUGCCAUUGCUCUGCUAUCUCGUUUCGCAAAAUGGCAGUCUCAAACGGAUGCUAAUGUGGCUGGAGAGUUACUGAAUGAGGUUUUCGAUGUCUGUCACGCCAACAGCCAUGUCUACAGAGCAGCUCUUCUGUCAACUGAAGCCUCUGCUCUGUACUCUACUAGAAGCACCAAUGCAAAUAAUGUCGAAACGGAGGCACAAAUUGCACCUAUGCUUCCUGGGUCGCCGAAUGAACUUGCUCGUCGUGCGAAUCUUUGUUUGGAGAGAGAUGAUCCCCAUGCCUUAGAUGAUGUGAUAUCCCUUCAUUAUGACGCACUGGGAUACUACAGCACGACGCAUGCUCGCCGAGUGCAAUUGCUGGGUAAUUUGGGUGUAAUGCUGUGCACUCGCUUCGAGCGCCAAGGCAAUAACCAAGACGCCCAUGAGGCCAUUGCGCUUCACAGGGAAGUGCUAGCUUUGUGCCCGGUCGGUCACCCAGAUCGGUCCGUGUCAUUAGAUAGGCUUGCGAAUGGACUUUGCAUGUCCUUCAGGCACCGAGGCAAUGACCAAGCCUUGGAUGAGGCCAUCGUACUUCAGAGGGAAGCGCUGGCUUUGCGCCCCGUCGGUCACCCAGAUCGAUCCAAGUCAUUGCAUAACCUUGGUUUUGUGCUCUCCACCCGCUUCCAUUACCGAGGCAAUGCUCAGGACUUGGAUGACGCUAUCGUGCUUCACAGCGAAGAGCUGGCUUUGCACCCCGUCGGUCACCCACAUCGGCCCAUGCCAUUACACAACCUUGGUGCUGUGCUCUCCACCCGCUUCUACCACCGAGGCAAUGACCAGGACUUGGAUGCCGCUAUCGUGCUUCACAGCGAAGAGCUGGCUUUAUACCCCACUGAUCACCCACAUCGGUCCACGUCAUUACAACACCUUGGGGAUCUUCUUUCCACCCGCUUCAAGCACCGAGGCAAUGACAAAGACUUGGAUGAAGCCAUCGUGUUCCAGACGGAAGCGCUGGGAUUGUACUCGGUCGGUCAUUCAGACCGGGCCUCGUCAUUAAACGACCUUGGUCUUGUGCUCUCCACGCGCUUCGACCACCGAGGAAAUGACCAGGACCUGGAUGAGGCUAUCGUGCUUCAAAGGGAGGCGCUUGCUUUGCUCCCUGUCGGCCACCCAGUUCGGUCCGCGUCAUUGAAUAACCUUGCUCUUGUGCUCUCCACGCGCUUCGAGCACCGAGGCAAUGUCCAAGACCUGGAUGAAGUUAUCGUGCUUCUGAGGGAAGCGCAGGCUUUGCUCCCCGACUGUUACCCAGAAAAGUCCAUGUUAUUAAAUAACCUUGCGACUCGUCUCUCCGCACGCUUCGAGCACCGACGCGAUGACCAAGACUUGGAUGAGGCUAUCAAACUUCACAGCGAAGCGCUGGUUUUACGCCCUGUCGGUCAUCCAGAUCGGUCCAUGUCAUUGAAUAACCUUGCGAAUCUUCUCUCCGCCCGCUUCGAGCACCGACGCAAUGACCAAGACUUGGAUGAAGCUAUCGUGCUUCAUCAGCAAGCACUGGCUUUGCGCCCUGUCGGUCACACGGGUCGGUCCAUGUCAUUAAACGACCUUGGGAAUCAACUCUCCACCCGCUUCGAGCACCAAGGCAAUGCCCAAGACCUCAACGAGUCGCUAGAGAAUAGCCGCUGUGCAUUGAUGCUGUUGACGCAACAUGAUCCUCGUCAAUUAGCAGUCCAUCGGUCGCUAGCUACCGUCUAUCUACAGAUCCAUCAAUUAGGUGGAGAAGGUACUGACAGUCUCGAUGCCGCCAUGCAUCAUUUCAAGGCAGCAGCAAAUGUUGCCUCUGGAGGUUUGCUAUUUCGCCUACGAGCAAGUUUACGCUGGGUUCACUAUGCUAAUCAACAUAUACAUGGCACUGAACUGGAGGCUUAUGCAACCUCCAUGCAACUUUUGGAUGCCUACAUGUCUGCAACAGCUUCAGUUUCAUCUCGUCAUAAUGCCAUGAAGAAUCCGGACUUCCCAAACACGCUUGCAGUUGACGCUGCAUCAUGUGCUCUUCGUCGUGGUGAUGUGCGCCGCGCUGUGGAGUUGCUGGAACAAGGCAGGACUCUCAUCUGGACCCAGAUGGCGCGAUUCCGCACGCCUCUUGACAGCCUCCAGGAACGCGGAGGUCACGCACAGGCUCUGAUGAAGAAAUUCCAAGACCUCAGCUCCCUCCUUGAUAAACCUCCUGCGAAUCAUUUGGAAGGGAAGACAAGAGUCGACGUUGAAGCGGAAGAUACCCGGUACAGACGUCUAGUGGAGGACUGGAAUACAUCUGCGGAAGAUCUGCGGAAGAUCGAGGGUUUCACUCGCUUCCUACUUCCCCCCCUUUUCUCCGAUCUCCAAGAUGCAGCUCGUGAUGGGCCUAUUAUUGUUCUCCUUGCAAGCAAGUCAUCUUGUAAUGCAAUCAUCGUCCCACGACAGGAACCCCCGGUCAUUGUAGGACUCGCCAUCAAUGUAGAAAACCUCGAGCGAUUGGUGAAUGCACUCCAACAGACCGUAAAAAAAGAGGAGGGGAAACAAGGAAAGCUGAUAGAUGCUCUGAGACAGCUGUGGGUCGAGGUAGUGCACCCUGUGGUCGAAAAUCUAGGCAGAGUUGCAAAGCCUGGGUCGCGAAUAUGGUGGUGCCCAACCUCAUUCUUCAACUUCCUGCCUUUGCACGCCGCUGGCGAAUACAGGUCCGGUGGAAAGUCCCUUUCGCAGUUCUACAUUUCUUCCUACACCCCAUCGCUUACUGCGCUGAUCAAGGCUCGUAGAAGUCAUGACAGGGCCCUGCCCGUGUCCUUCGCUGCCAUUGGUCAGAAUCACCCGCCAGAACAUAAAUUUCCUUUGAUAUUUGUCGAGCCUGAACUAGAGUUGGUGCAGAGUCUCCUACCCCCUUCCCCGACUGUUUCCUUCACCAAAGUCACAAGCGCUGAAUCAACGAAAUUGACCGCCUUGCGCACAUUGCGAGAUAACCAUUGGAUCCAUUUUGCUUGUCACGGGACCCAAAACUUUGCGGAACCCUUCAAGUCGGCAUUUCUCAUGGGUGACCAACCACUUCAACUUCUAGAUAUCAGCCACAUGGGUUUGUCUCAGCACGAAUUUGCGUUUCUUUCUGCUUGCGAGACCGCAGUCGGUGACGCCGAAACUCCUGACGAAGUGAUUCACUUGGCGGCCGGCCUACAAUUUUCUGGGGUAAAAAGUGUUAUUGGUACAUUUUGGAAUGUCAAUGACAGCACCGUGCAACGCUUGGUCGCGGAAUUCUACAAGAAUUUUUGUGGGGACGGCAAGAUGAAUUCAAAACGAGCUGCCCGAGCGUUGCACAAAGCAGUCCGGACGUUGGCUUCCAGUGAUGAAAACAUUCCUUUGGACCAGCGCAUCGUUUUCAUGCACAUCGGUUUAUGA